CAAAAUUUAUACUUACCGCCAUCGCAAAGCGGCGUUUCGGCCAUUUUGCGAACCCCUCGGCAGGAAGUGAGUGUUGAAGUUGCUACGCAGGCGCAAAUUGACCUUUCGGUUGAAGAACCCGUCGGUCACAUAUCACUCCUGACCGUAGUUUACCUGCACAAACAUGGGUGACAUUGAAGACACACACUUCGAGACUGGGGACUCCGGUGCCUCUGCCACCUUCCCCAUGCAAUGCUCGGCCCUCCGCAAGAACGGUUUCGUCAUGCUUAAGGGUCGCCCUUGCAAGAUUGUCGAGAUGUCCACCUCGAAAACCGGAAAGCACGGUCAUGCUAAAGUCCACUUGGUCGGCAUUGACAUUUUUAACGGUAAAAAGUAUGAAGAUAUUUGCCCCUCUACCCACAACAUGGACGUUCCUCAUGUAAAGCGCGAGGACUACCAACUGACCGACAUCUCCGACGACGGCUAUCUCACCCUCAUGGCAGACAAUGGCGACCUCCGUGAAGACCUCAAGAUCCCCGACGGAGACCUUGGCACUCAGCUCCGCUCCGAUUUUGAUAGCGGCAAAGAGUUGCUGUGCACCGUGCUGAAGUCCUGCGGUGAAGAAUGUGUGAUCGCAGUUAAAGCCAAUACCGCACUUGACAAAUAAACCAACUCAGCAUUUAUAGGGAUAUAAAACAAGCGUAUAAUUUUUUUACAAUCAACAACUCUUACAUAAAUGUAAAACAUAAUAUUAUGUAUAAUUUAACGUAAAAUAUACGGAAUGUCGCGGACCUUACGAGUUGCCAAGUGCGCUCCACUCUCACCAGUUUAUGCUCAAUUUAGAGGGAUGUACGGUGGUGGACCGGCUGCGUAGCAUUCUAGCGGGUAGCACCACUUGGGCAUAAAAUAGCAGGCAGCACGUUGCGCCGGAGUUAUCUAUCGUUAUGAACUCCGAAACUGGCAAUAAUAUCUCGCUGACGUAGGGACACGACAUGCGAUUCUACUUGUUUUAAGGAAUUGAUUCUAGAGACGUGACAGACGGAAUAACCGAGGAUAGUAAAGGACUCUAGUCCUGACACUGAAAACUUUAUUGCUUAAGACGCUGAUUUAGUCUACAAUUCGUUUCGUGAAAAUUCAGUUGUAAUUUAAACAAAAUCUUGACUGGACGAACUUGCUAAAUCAUUGCGCCCACUUCUUAGUCGAGCGACUACUCGAGGUGGAACGAAUAAGUUUUCAGUGAUAGGAAUUGUUGGCUUACGUGUCGGCCGACUUAUUGACCGGUCAAGUUCUCAGAGAGCACUUGGGGCGCUAGUUUCUCUAGUUGCUAGUUACAAUAUUUAUUUAGAUAGCGGAUGGUGUGAGAGUGGAACGCGAGCAGAGUGCAGGCGCCGCGGCGGGCCGUCCGCAACUUCUCGUUUGUUUUUUUUUUGUUUGUUCUCUUUUCGCUUAACGUCUUCUUAACGUUACGUUGCGCUCCGCGAGUCGCCGUAAAGUUUGUUGAUCUACAUCGGUACGAUGAAAUUCUGAGUGGUGGAUAUUAAAAUGUUUUAUAGUGGUUUAUAAUCUAACGAAAAGAUGGACGCAAACUUGAAGUUAAAAACUAAAUAUUUUAUGCCUAAAUUAAAAAAUACAUAUAAAAAAUCAAUAAAAACAACAAAAAAAUAGAAAUAAAGGAAAAUUCUUGAAUGUGUUGUGUGUAAAUUUUUUUUGGAACCAGUCAAUAGACACGGUUCACUUUCGCCGCGGGCGGCGCUUGACCGUCGCCGGCGCAGCGCCAUCCUCGGCCGUGUAUCCCUUCAUGUGUAACACUUGCCAUCUGUUCAAAUAAGUUCCAAGCCGCUAUCUUCACCUUCAAGGGUUUGCUUAUGACAUUACAUCCCGUUAGGUGUCUGCCAUUUUACAUGUGCUAAAUCAAUAUUUAAGACUGACUAUGACCUGUCUGGAACUGGAUAUCUUUCAGCAAAGACUGAAAUGCAUUUUUGUAGGAAAAAACUAGUUGAUUUUUUAUAUGGUAUUCAAAUAUUCGCUUUUAAAGCCGAGGCCUUCCCUUGCUUUCUUUUUCAAACAUUUGAACAAAUGAAUUGUUACACAUAUUCUUUAUUGAGUGGCUCAUGAAUGCCUAUACUUCAUGUUUCUAUGUAAAUUGCCCCUGUAACAGCUGUUUGCGACUUGGGGCCAGACGUGCUAUACUCGCGUGUACUCGUCUAUGUUAAUUUAAAAACAUCAGUCUUAAGACAAUUAUAUUAUACGAAAUAUCUAAUAUAAGACGUAAGGUAAGGCCUUUAUAGGAAAAAUAUUUUUUUAUGCAUUCAAAAUUUCUUACAUUGCAUAGUAGAAAGUAAAAAAAAUUAACUGUUCCCCAGUCGAUACC